UAUUUUUUUCUUGUGUAGUCGUCAUAUCCAUACUUAUCACCUGUCCCCAUUUCGCUGCGAAAUUUAUUUUUAACCUGGAAACCUUGGCGACGAGCUUUUUAAUCUAUUGCCUGUUGAGUUUCAUUUUUUAUCCGCUCCCUCGUCCAAGGAGGGGGUCUUUCUUACACGUAACAUUAUUUCUUGGUGGAUUCAGUCGGUUUAUAUAUUGUUUAUUUACGCCACAGAAGUAAUUAUUAGUAAUUUCAAAAUGCCGUCUUUGGCAAUGCCACUGAUCCUGGUCUUCCUAGCCUGCUUUUCAUUGCAGACGCUUGCUGAUUGUCCUAAUCAAUGGCAGAAAUAUAGUGACUCCUGUUACAAUUUCAUCAUGAAUUCACUGAAAUCCAUUGACAUGGCUAAAGAAGAAUGUAGUAAAUAUGGUGCUACACUUGUCAGUGUCAACUCACAAGGAGAGAACAAUUUUCUGACCUCCUACUUCGGUCAGAAUAAACUAACUGGAUUUACCUGGUACACAAGUGGAGAAUAUAUAGGAAACAAUAAUUUUCGUUGGCUCGGAGAUGGACAAGAUAUAAACAGCCAAACUAUGUUUUGGGCAAAUGAUGCUAGGAGAAACGGUACCGGAAGAUUUAUUAUUUAUGUUUAUCAUGAUGGCAAAUACAGUUGGAUCCGGGAUGAUGGGCAGACACAACGUUCUAGUAUCUGUGAAAUUCCUGAAAAAGAGAGUUACAGAAUUUAUAAUCCACACAGAAGCUUUGAUUUUGGACAACAUCUGAACGACAUGAAUAAUAUUCAGAGAGGACCAAAAGCGAAAAGGGAACCAAUGAAUGUGCUGGCUAUAAUGUCUCCACCCAGUGCCUAUAUGGAGUUUACUGCAUUUGGUAACCCACCACCAGUCUACAGUUGGUACCGUGGAAACACUGCAGUAAGUUCCACUCUAGGCUCUCGCUACACACUUACCAAUGGAAGAUUGACAAUUUCCGAUCUUAAAGCAGGAGUAGAUGACACCAACUAUCGCUGCAUGGCUUCUAAUGAUUAUGGCAAAAUUAUGAGCCGAACAGUACAGUUUACAUUAGGCUUUCUUGGAGAGUUUUUGAAUACACCACGAGAGGGUAAUGUUGCUAAUAGUUAUGAAGGAACAUAUUUGCAAUGUAAACCACCAAAUCAUAAACCAGCUCUCCGUUAUCAGUGGUCUUUCAAUGAAAAUGUAAACUUUGUUCGUCCCGACAAGAAUCCUUAUCUUUUCAUUUCUCGUAAUGGUAACCUGUAUUUCUCAGAGGUAACUCAAUCUGAUGCAGGCAGUUAUUUUUGUAUGGUGGCAUUGACUAUUCCUGAAAAUUACAAACCUUUCAAGGACACACCAGGCAGUCUUCGAACUAGCAUGGCUAUACAGUUAAACAUCAACAAUAAAGGUGCCAGAAGUAUUAAGCCCCAAAUGCAGGCAGACUUCCCAGCAAUAUUCCCUGACCAGGCAUUGGAAGGUGGACCUAUCCAAAUCGAGUGCUUUGCUUAUGGAACGUAUACUCUUGAUUAUUCUUGGUUUCGAGUUGGUAGCGAAAUGCCAAAAUAUGUUAAAUACGAGGAUCACAAAAGAGUACUGAUAUUUCCAAAGGCCAGUGUAAGUGAUAGUGGAACAUACAUCUGCACAGUAACUAAUGCAUAUGGAUCAGACACUGCAACAGUUCACCUGGAUGUAAAAGUCAGGCCACAUUUUAAAACUGAAAUGAAGGAUCAGCUUUUAGAUAUUGGAAGUCAGUUAACAUGGCAAUGUGAGGCUCAUGCUAAACCAGCAGCUGUCUACUCAUGGUACAAAAAUGGUGAACAAAUGAAAUCUGUAUCUGGAAGGGUUAUUGUACACAACAAUAUCAUGACUAUUCUUAAGAUUUCAAAAGAGGAUGAUGGCAUGUAUCAAUGUGAAGCUAAAAAUGACUAUGGUUCUGCUCUCUCAGCUGGUCAGUUGAGAGUUUUAGAAUUGAAACCAGAAUUCUGGAGCAACCCUUUGCAGCCCAGUACCUUAGCAGCUGAACAAGGAAAUGUUACCUUACCAUGCAAGCCUGAAGCAGCUCCAUACCCAACCAUAGAGUGGUUUAAAAAUGGCAUGUCCCUUGGAUUAACCCCAGGUUCACCAAGUAACCGAUACACUCUAUAUCACAAUGGAGACCUUCUUAUAACUGACAUAAUGUCUAGUGAUGGUGGCACAUAUAAAUGUGAGGCUACAAACAGAUUGGGAACCGCUUCAACAGAGACUCUGCUUUCAGUAAAACGCAGUACUGUAAUUAGUAUAAAGCCAAGGAACACAAAGGUAAUAUUCAAUGAAACUGCUGUCUUAAAAUGCCGUGCUUCAUACCCGAAAGAAUUGGAUGCGGUUUAUACCUGGUCCUUCAAUGGUUACGAUAUUCAAGUGAAAGCUGGUGAUCACUAUGGAAGAGGUGAAGGAGAUGAUAAAGGUGACUUAUACAUCAAGAAUGCUGGAUUCAGACAUGCAGGACAUUAUUUAUGUCAGGUGAAAACAAUCAUCGGCACAACAAGUGCAGGUGCCUACCUCACAGUCAUUGGGCCUCCUGGACGACCCCAAGGAUUGGCAGCUCAAAAAGUGUUGAAUCAGAAGGAAAGUCUGCAAUUAGCCUGGUUUGAUGGUAGAGACAACGAUGCUCCAAUCACUUAUUAUAUUAUAGAAUUUCAAACAAAUUUCACCAGUAUUUGGGAGUUGUUUGGUCCAGCAAUUCCUAGACAUUUGGUUGAAGUCAAUACUGAAAGUGGUCAACUCAGAACUACUAUACAUGGUUUAAUUCCUGCUGUUAGCUAUCGGUUUCGUAUGGGAGCUAUAAACAAAUAUGGAACUGGAGAAAAAAGUCUUUCUUCAAGUUGGAUCAAAAUAGACCCUGAUGCACCCAGAAAAGCCCCUGAAGAGGUGGGUGGUGGUGGAGGUAAAGUCAGUACAUUGGUCAUCACUUGGAAGCCACUUUUGCACCAGGACCAUAAUGGUAAGAACUUUGGUUAUCGGGUCUUUUGGAGGAAGAAGCGAGAUGCAUUUAAACCAGAACAUAUUUGGUCACUUACCAAUGUAUCUGGAUCUAUCUCAAAGCUGGUUAUUCAAAUUGAGCCACAGAACUAUUACACACAAUAUGAAGUCCAGGUUCAAGCAAGAAAUAAUAUUGGCAUGGGGCCUAAUUCAACAAUAGUCACUAUAUAUUCAGCCGAAGAUUUACCAGCAAUUACCGUGACAAAUGUAAAGGGGUAUGCUUAUAAUGCCACAGCUAUCAAGGUAACUUGGACCCCUGUAAAAGAAGACAGGAAGACAUUAAAAGGAAAACUACGGGGAUAUAAGAUAAAAUACUGGAAAUCAGAUUUAAAUGAACUGAGAUCUAUUGAAGCUAUACAUUAUGGACAGGCUGAGGAGGCUCUAUUAAUUGGCUUACUACCCAACACCUACUAUAACUUCCGAAUGAUGGUGUUUAACAGUGCUGGAUUUGGACCAAUCAGUGACGAAUACUUUGCCAAAACUUAUCAUAAACCACCGCACGACUAUCCAACUGAAGUACAGAUCCUACCACUCAGUUCUGAUUCUUGUAUUGUAGCGUUUAGAGGUGUUAGCACCCAGAGUGAUGAGGAACCACUGCAAGGAUAUUUGGUCAAAUACUGGUUGGUAAAUGAUGAUAUCCGACAGGCAUUGCAGAUAGAUUUGGGACGUGAAGUUCAAGGAGAAAUCAGAAAUUUGAGAAAAGGGGUUGUAUACAACCUGCGUGUCAUUGGCUAUAGCCGUGGGGGUGAAGGAGCAAAGAGUUCACCUGUCACUCAGUUUACAAUUACAAAAGGUGGUCAAGUGCAAGGGGAUAUGUUUAAUCCCCUGACAACCCAUGCUCUGCUCGCUGGCAGUUCCAGGACGACUUUCACAUUAACAAUAUGCUGUUUAAGUUUACUACUAAGUCAGCUUUACACCCUCUUUCUUAUCUGAUCAGAUUCAACACAAACAUAAUCUUAGACUUAAAACCUGAUGAAGCAUUUUCAAAGACUUUAGAACUGAGUGACAUUAGCUCUUUUGAACUAUAACUCUUGUACUGUACAUAUUUUUUAUCAUGAUUUUAUUUUAAAGUUGGACAUCUCUUCUCCAAGGAAUUUUUAGCAUCUGCCAUAUUGAUGAAUUGGUAUUGUAGAUGCCAACACUAUAAUUAUGGCUUGGCUCUGAAAUUAAAAUGCCUUUCUGAUAUUGAAGAAUGACAGUAAUUAUUUUAAAAUUUUGAUAAACCCUAUUGUGUCUUGGUGUGUGUUAAAUUUAAAGCUGAAGAGGGGGAAAAAAGACAAGCCAAAGCAAAAAUAAACUCUAUAAGACCCCUUCAUGUAAAUAACUACUAUUGAUUUUUUAUAUUUGUAACAUUUUAAAAUGUUACCGUCUUAACUGUAGUAUCAAUUCAUAGAACUUCAAUACCUCAGCUUCAUACUUUAUCAGUGACUUUAUUUCAAUCAAUAUUUUAUCUAGUUCUUUAUUAAUUUUUUGCUUAUGUUUAGAUUUCUUUUAUUCUUUUUGGUCAGCCAUAAGUAAUUUUAUUUCUUCUGUCUCUUCCUCCUAGAAGUGAUGUCAGUGCAAGUUUUGAACUCCUGUUUAUUGGAUCAGAAUUUCUCAGCUCUUAACACUAUGUCAGCCUGUUUCGUAUAGAACAAUGAGUAUUCUCCUAUAUAUUAUGAGAAUGAGAAAUAUGUAGCCUUUUAACAACAUCAUUUCUUUUUACAAAAACUUUUAGAGAUGAACUCAUUCAAUCAUGUAGGUAUAGCUCAAUCACGUAGGUAUAGUUUGUGUGUAUAUAUAUGUGUGUGUGUUUGUGUUGUGCAUGUAUGUAUAAAGCUAUGCAAGUGAAUCAAGAGGCAAGAUUUUAAUUUACUUACCAAAAAUUUGCUAAGUGCAAAUGCCCCAAAAUUUUGACCCAUAUCACGCACGCAUACAUACACGUUUAUGUGCAGUUGCGGUGAGCAAAAACAUAAGCACUAAAUACUAAACUGGAGUGAAAAUUGAUACUCCCUGACUGAGAAAAGACCAAAUAUUGUCAGAAUAUUUAGUCAUGGAAUUUCUCAACUAAUGUGGGGGGUCGCGUUUAUUAAAUAACGUAAUGGUUUCCUUAGUCUUUAUGGGUUAUUUCCCUUAUUGCAAGAGUUGUUUCCCUUCCCCAUGCGAUUAUUAAAUGUUCUCUAGUGAUGUACAGAAUGGAAAAUUUUUGUUCCCUAAUAUUGUUCUACUGUCCUAAAAUAUAUAAAAAUUAACAUUUUCUGUACAGUUUGUAAUCUUUGAGUACAGAAUUUUACUUUGGCUAAA